AUGGCGGCUCGGUCCAUGGACCACACACAGUGGCUGGCGAAGCUUGUGGCCUUUGACACGACGAGCCGCAACUCGAACCUUGAGCUCAUCCACUACUGCAAGGACUACCUGGAGGGGCUUGGUGUCAAGUGCACCCUGCUACACAACGCCGAGAGGAACAAGGCAAACCUGUGGGCGACGCUGCCGGGCGACGGCGGCGUGACGAAGGGCGGCAUCAUUCUCUCCGGCCACACGGACGUGGUCCCGGUGGACGGGCAGAAGUGGGACAGCGAUCCGUUUACGCUGACGGAGCGGGAUGGGAAACUGUACGGUCGCGGCACGUCCGACAUGAAGGGCUUUGUUGCCGUGUGCAUGUCUCUGGCCCCCGAGCUCCUCAAGAUGAAGCGCGCGAAGCCGAUCCACUUUGCGUGGUCGUACGACGAGGAGGUGAGCUGUCUCGGCGGCAUGGAGCUGGCGGAGUUUGCGCGGGACCACGACGUCAGGGCGGAAGGCUGCAUCAUUGGGGAGCCGACCGGCAUGACUGUGGUGAUUGCUCACAAGGGCACCUCCCACUUUUGGGUUCGUGUGCGGGGCAAGGCGGCGCAUUCGUCGCUCGCGCUGACGGGUGAAAGCUGCAACGCCAUUGACUACGCCACAAAACUCAUUACGAAGCUGCGCGAGAUUGCGGAGGAGUACCGCCGGAACGGCACCCGGCAUGACUUCCAGGUGCCGUUCUCAACGCUGUCGACGAACCUCAUCAGUGGCGGCAACGCCUCGAACACCGUGCCCGCGGAGUGCGAGUUCCUCUUCGAGUUUCGAGCGCUUCCCAACGAGACUGUCUCCAAGAUGAUGCAGCAGGUGCGGUCUUACGUGGAGACGCAGCUUCUCCCGGCCAUGAAGGCGGAGUUUGAGGACGCUGAAAUUGUUAUCACGCCGCGGGAUGAAACGCCGUCGUUUGAGGGC